AUGCCAGAGUCAAGUACUGGCCCUUCAAAGUGGGCGUGGGUACAAAUCCCACUUCUGAAAAAGAAAAAGUGGUGGAGGGUAUCCCAGUUUCAUACUGUUCCGACAAAGAAGAACUGGGACUUUAUAGGGAGAAAGACGAGGAUACAGUUUAUUAGUUCAGCAUAACCGCCGAAUCGGAUAUUUAUAAGAAUUAACUUAACAUCUGCAUCAGUCGCAUUAAAUAAAUGAUAUUCAUCACACUCGAAAGGUUCAAAUUGAAUUUUGCUGGCGUACUUUGCUAAGUCGUUAUCCUCUCUUAUAUUUUAUUUUUCUUCAAUACUGAAGAUGUCGUUCAUUAUCAACUCUCUCCCUUUUCCCCUUUAAACUGAUUUUCUUGCUUUGACAUUAGACGAUCCCAUAAAAUCUAGUCUCAGAAUCAAACACUGACCACCGGAUUCUUCCCGUCUUUCACAGCAUAACAAACGAACAAUCGCAGAAAAAAGAAGCCAUCGAGAGAGACUAGCACUUCUAUACAUGUCGGGAACAGACCUGUCGAAACCAUGAAGGAGAACGAGUGGCCUAGAUUCGCUCCGCUGCAGAGGUUUGACGCAACUGCUCAAAAUAGAGCUUUCCGAGAAGCUAACCUGAAUUUGCUCCAAGUGUCAGAUUAAAAAGUUGAAAGAUAACAUUCCAGAAUUUUUGCCGAUUCUCGACAAAAGUCGUAGAGAUUUUAAGCAAUUCAUGUUUCAACAUUAUAAAGUGAAAAAGAUGCAACAAGGAUAAUGUUCUCCCCAAGAGUUCAAUCUCACAAAACUUUACAGAUCCCUCGUUUACAACGGAAAUACCUCACUACUCCUCUUCCGGAAGGUGGAUAAUUUCUUCCGAUCCUCCCGUGAUAUUCGGUUAAUGAUCUUCCACCCUUUCCUAAUGUCAUAUCUUUCACUACCAGAAACUAGCAUUUCGGACAGCCGAGUAAUAGUCGACAUUAUAUGUAACUAAACCACGCCAAAAUGCAAGCUACCACAUGAGCUCUCCCUCGCACUGACCUGAACGGGCAGCCUUUGGAUCCUCUUCGCCAACUCCCGCGCAUGCGGAUCCCUGAUUUUCUCUACCUCCCUUGGAAGAAAAUCAGGGAAAACCCCCGUCCCCAAAAAGGAAGAUCGAGGUUGGAAGAGUCCCCCCAGAGACGCCGAUACCUGCAUUAUCGCCAUGCCUGACCGAUCUGAACACAAACACUCCUUCCCCCUUUCCCCCACCUCUUCUCCUCGCUCUCGCCGAUCGGUGGUAAGCUGA